GUUGAGUACAAAAUUUCCAACACCCCAACAAAAAAAGAUCUUCCCAUAAUCUCUCUUCUUUCUCUCUCUAGCAAGGAAGAAGGAUGCAGGUUUCAGGAGCAAUUAGCGACGUUUUGGUAGCCCUACCUUCAACUGCCUGUUAUCGUUCUCCUGAAUUCAAGAAUAUUUUGCACCCUUUUUCAGAUUUUAAGUACUCAUUUCUUCCUACUUCUACCAAUUCUUACAAAAGUUCUAGUUCAUUUUACAUUGGAAAGCUUGCCUCGGGACUGGAAAAGAGCAAGCCAAGGGGUAUUUUGGUAAGAGCAUCUGGUAAUUCUGGAGAGAAUUUGACACCAAUUGCUCCCGUUCAUUUGGAGUCUCCAGCAGGGCAACUGCUAACACAAAUAUUGCAAACACAUCCACAUCUCCUCCCCGCAGCCAUUGACCAGCAGCUCGAGAACCUGCAAAAAGACAGAGAUGCCCAAAAGGAAGAAACUCCAUCAUCAACUGAAGACCUCCCCCUAUACAGGAGAAUAGCUGAAGUAAAAGAGAAGGACAGACGGAAGGCUUUGGAGGACAUAAUAUACUGCUCAAUUGUACACAGAUUUGUUGAAAAAAAUAUUACAAUGAUCCCAAUUAUACCCCCAAGCACUGAUUUAACUGGAAGGGUGGAUUUCUGGCCAAACCAAGAACACAAACUCGAAUCUGUACACUCCCGAGAAGCAUUCGAAAUGAUAGAAAGCCACCUGUCACUUGUGCUAGGCGAGCGACUUGGUGGGCCCUUACAGACUCUUGUUGACAUCAGCAAAAUGAAAGUCGGGAAACUGUAUGCUGCUUCUAUAAUGUACGGGUAUUUCCUCCGAAGAGUUGAUAGAAGAUACCAACUUGAGAGAGCCAUGAAUACACUUCCCGAGGACUUUGGAAAAAGUACGACAACGGGGUCUCGGGAUACGGUACCCGAAAGCCCGUUACCCGAAAGCCCGUGGUGGGAUUCGGAUUCACUCAUACAAAUCCCGGCUGAUGAAGAUAUUACUAGCUUUGUCCCCUAUGAGGAAACUAUGGAUAGUAGUGAAGGUGAGUCCUAUAAACUAAGAUCAUAUGUUAUGUAUUUGGAUCCUGAAACUCUUCAGACUUAUGCUACAAUAAGAUCAAAGGAAUCAAUGUCGUUGAUUGAGAAGCAGACUCAAGCUUUGUUUGGUCGACCUGAUAUAAGGAUUGCUGAUGGUGGUUUGUUGGAGACGCAGAACGAUGAAAUUAUUUCGAUAACUUUCUCGGGAUUGACAAUGUUGGUUUUAGAAGCAGUCGCGUUUGGAUCGUUUUUGUGGGAUGCAGAAGACUUAGUUGAAUCAAAGUACAGUUUUGUUAACAGCUAAGGAAAGUUCAGAAAUUCGCUGUUUUCAGUUUUGUAUAUUGGUAUUUUCAAGACUUGUUGAAUCAAAGUACAGUUUUGUUAACAGCUAAGGAAAGUUCAGAAAUUUGCUGUUUUCAGUUUUGUAUAUUUGGUAUUUUCAAGAUUUGAUUGAAUCAAAGUACAGUUUUGUUAAUAGCUGAGGAAACUGGAAAGUUCAGAAAUUUGCUGUUAAUAGCUGAGGAAAGUAAAGAAAUUUGUUAUUAUUCAGUUUUGUAUAUUGGUAUUUUUCAAGACUUUAGUUGAAUCAAAGUACAGUUCUGUUUUCUU